CUGAAACUUUACACAGUCAGAGGCUGGGAGACAGCUCGCUGUCAUGUGACCGGUAAUGUGUUUGUGCAGAAUGGCUGUGUGGUGGUUGCUUUCGCUGACAGCUCUGCUCCUGACUCUGCAUGAUGGGAAGGCAGAAGAGGGUCCUGUACCGUUAGUUAUUUGGCACGGAAUGGGAGAUUCCUGUUGCAACCCCCUGAGCAUGGGGGCAGUGAAGAAAAUGGUGGAGACGCAGAUUCCAGGGAUAUAUGUUCUUUCACUGAAGAUUGGCAACAGCCUCCCAGAGGACAUGGAAAACAGCUUCUUCCUUAAUGUGAAUAAGCAGGUGGAGGGUGUUUGCAAAGAGCUAGCCCAAAAUCCUGCCCUUAAAAAUGGAUACAACAGCAUGGGGUUUUCCCAAGGAGGGCAGUUUUUGAGGGCAGUGGCUCAGAGAUGUCCUUCUCCACCCAUGAGGAACCUGAUUUCUAUUGGAGGACAGCAUCAAGGAGUCUAUGGAUUUCCACAAUGCCGAGGAGAAAUUUCUCAUAUAUGUGACCUGAUAAGAAAGUUCUUGAAUCUUGGUGCCUACACUAGAAAUAUACAAGAUCACCUGGUGCAAGCUGAAUACUGGCAUGACCCAAUGAAUGAAGAGGAAUACAGAAAUGGCAGUAUUUUCCUAGCAGACAUCAAUCAGGAGAGGCAUGUGAACGAGAUUUACAAAAAGAAUCUUCAACUGUUGGAAAAGUUUGUGAUGGUAAAAUUUUUUAACGACACCAUGGUGGAUCCUCCAGAUACAGAAUGGUUUGGGUUCUAUAAACCAGGACAAAGCAAAGAGACCAUCAGAUUACAGGACAGCAGUUUGUACACUGAGGAUCGUUUGGGGCUUAAAGAAAUGGAAAAAGCAGGAAAGCUGGUGUUUUUAGGUGUGGAAGGAAAUCACCUGCAAUUCUCACAAGAGUGGUUUAACAAGAAUAUAAUCCCCUUUCUGCACUGAUUUUCAUUAUUGAAAGGGGUCGCUAUAGCUCAAUUUGAUUUUUGCUAUGUAUUUCCCCAAUGAAAAUAGUACGUGAAAUGUUCUCUUUGUUGUUCAGCUUGCUGUUUAAUGUUGUCUGAAGCAAUAAUUCCCGCAGACCACCUAUUCUAUAAUCCAACAAAAGCUUUGCUAGAUAAAUUGGGCCUUAAUGGGACUUUACAUUGCUGUGGAGAGCUCCAAUACAGCCCCAUUUGUGUUUCUCAUCGCUUGUAAAUUUGUGUCUAUUCUCCCUUCCUUUAGGAGUCCCCAUCCUGAAGGCCAGUUUAACUAAAUAUCCUAGAGAUCUCUAAAGACCCAUUUAAAUAUCAAUUGUUGGGUGCAAUAGUUAAUGCAGCUGUUUUAGAGAGAUAUUCUCCUGCACUAAAUACAAUACUAUAGAAAACUGGGAGGUAUAGAAACCCUUUACAACAUGUUCUGUAUAUGAAGGCAUUUUAGUCAGAGCUCUUGUGGAUGUAAAUUAUUAUUAUUCUAAUAAGAGAGCAUAGUGCCAGAGAAACAUUUUAACUGAGCAAUAAAAAAAAAGCAAAAUAUUUUUGUUAAACUACACUGGUUUUAUUUUAACUUUUUAAAAAAUGUAUCAGUCUAGGAUAUUUUCUGAAGUAACACUUUUAAAGCAAUACUAAAGUAUUAGAGCCACUGGUUCUUUUAACGGCAGCUAAUUAAGUGAUUCCUGAGUAAUAACUGCAAGGAAUUUGCAUGAUUUACUGGGGUCAGUGUGGGCUUUUUUUAAAAAAAAACAAAAUAUAUACAUUUGGGUUCCUGAUUAAAAUGAUCUUAGGGCAGAGACAUGUGGAGAUUCAGGGAGAUUAGUCGCCCAGCGUCAAAUCGCCUCUUCUAAUCUCCCCGAACUGCCUUUCCGAUGGCUAGAAAACUUCGGACGACUUUGGAAAACAAAGCACUCAGAGUGCCAUCCCGCCGGCAAUUUAUAUUCUAGCAGGAGGGAAGGCAGUUCGGGUAGAUUAGUCACCCGAAGAAGAGGCGAUUUGUUGCUGGGCGACUAAAUCUCUCCGAAUCUCCACGUGUGUCUCUUCCCUUAUGUGUAUGUAUGCAAUAGGGACCUUAGAUUGUAAGCUCCACUUGAGCAGGGACUGAUGUAAAUGAUAAACAAAUGCUAUAAACAAAGCACUGUUAUAUAAAUUAUGAAAAGUAAAAACCAUGCACUACUUUCACUUUCCAACAUUGACCCUGCCCAGUUUUGGACUUGCAUUGGUAAGUGACAUCUUCUCAAAAAUUCGUUGUCAGGCUUUGGGUGAAGGGUGCAAAGUCUGCAAAUCGGCUAUAGCACUGUUUACAUUUGUCCUCCAGCCUAUUGGGACUUCACCCAGCUCAUUCCAGUCUCAAUGUCACUCCUGAGAAGGAAGAUGUAUCAGUGGCCAACAAAGUAACAGGGGAUCUGGAAAAACAUAUUUUGUAGAAAUGUAUACAGGCUACUAUUUAAAGGACAAGGGAUGCCCUAUUCACUGGUGGUUGAAUCCCCAGAGCCUGACACAAAAAUAAAUAAAAAAAAAAAAGGCAGAUGCAUUUAGAAUUGUUGGUUUAUGGGGAGGAAGGGUCUCCUAACUCAGAAAGCACAAACUUCUGUUUGGUGGUGUUACAGUAGAUUUGCACAGAGUAGAGACUCAGUGAAAACGAAAAGAACAUGAUGUCAUAACACAGCAUUUAAAAAUUUGUCCAAAUUGAUGAAGGAGAGAACAUAAUAGACAAAAUCAGUGGCAGGCCUAAUCACAAAUGACUUGCUUUGAGAAGGUAUUUUACCUGCUAAUUGGUUGCUGCUUAGGAGCUAGAACUAGCUUUACAGUUAAUGCCACCCUGCCACCAAUUCUUCUAGCUCAGGGGACCCCAACCUUUAUUAUCUGUGAGCCACAAUCAACUGUAAAAUAAGUUGGGGAGCAAAAAAUAAGCAAGAAAAAAAGCUCAUGGGGUGCCAAAUAAGUGCUUUGAUUGACCAUUCGGUGGCCCUUUGUGGACUACAGGAGGUUCUGUUUGGCAGUAAAACUGUUUUUUAUGCAACCAAAACUUACCGUCAAGCCAGGAAUUAAAAAAUAAGCACCUGCUUUGAGACUGCUGUUUUAUGCUUUGGGCACAAAAUUACCUGUGGUCCAAAAAGUACUGAAUUGCACAUGGACAUACAACAUAUUCUGUGUGCUGGUGUCAGAUUGAAUAGUAAUGACACAACCUGUUUUUCCCCAUUUCUCAGCUUUUAAAACUUUGGGCCGUUUGGCUUCUGUGUUAUGGGUAAUGUUUUAUUUUAUGGAUGGGUGAAAUAUUUUGCCUUGUUUCGCCAACAAAAAGCACCUAUAGACUAUAAUGGAUAGUAAAGAUAUCGUCACUUAACAUGCUUUUUUCUUUUUUUAAUGAAGUCUGAUAGACAUUAAACUCCUAUUCAUUUUAUGUAACUGUUUUUAUUGUUUACAUAUAAAUUUUACCAUUUUACCCAGCUAUUUGUCUAUCCUUUGAGGAACUGCUUUUUGCCCCUUAUUUCACAAUCCAGAUAACUGUGUAUUUUCUACUCUAACCCUUUGGGUCAGCGAUUUUAGUAGCAAAGAAGUGUAGCCCUGAUGGCAAAGAGGCAGCUACAUGAUGCUUCAAUAAUCUUGUUUUUAGAUACAUCUGUACGACAGUAAUAAGCAAGGCUGUCAAUUUCUACCAACAGUAAUGUUUUCUUCUUAGAAAAUUGAACACAAUUGCCACAGCUUCCUUUAACAUUGAUUCUUUAAUAAAAUGCUUGAUUUGUAAA